UGCUGCGGGCAGGGUGUCGGGCCUUGGUGUCAGCCGCCGUGGGCUGCCCUGUCGUGGGCUGCGCCGGACUGUCCAGGAAGCUCGAACCGUGCACUGUCGUCAUGUCCCGGCCGCUGCAGGCAGCCUCGGGAGCUCGGGCUCGGCCCGCCACGGUGCUGGGCACCAUGGAGAUGGGGCGCCGCAUGGACGCCCCUGCCAGCGCCGCGGCCGUGAGCGCCUUCGUGCAGCGUGGCAACUGCGAGCUGGACACGGCCUUCAUGUACGGCGAUGGCCAGUCCGAGACCAUCCUGGGCGGCAUGGGGCUCGGGCUGGGCGGCAGCAGCUGCACAGUGAAAAUUGCCACCAAGGCCAACCCUUGGGAUGGGAAGUCCCUGAAGCCUGAGAGUGUGCGGAACCAGCUGGAGACGUCGCUGCAGCGGCUGCAGUGUCCACGGGUGGACCUCUUCUAUCUGCAUGCACCUGACCAUGACACCCCCAUAGAAGAGACGCUGCGUGCCUGCCACCAGCUGCACCAGGAGGGCAAGUUCGUGCAGCUGGGUUUGUCUAACUAUGCUUCCUGGGAGGUGGCUGAGAUCUGCACCCUGUGCAGGAAGAACAGCUGGAUCCAGCCUACUGUGUACCAGGGCAUGUACAACGCCACCACCCGACAGGUGGAGAAGGAGCUGUUCCCCUGCCUCAGGCACUUUGGGUUGAAGUUCUACGCCUACAACCCCUUGGCAGGCGGGCUGCUGACCGGCAAGUACCAAUACGAGGACAAGGAUGAAAAACAGCCCGAGGGCCGCUUCUUCGGGAAUAAUUGGGCUGAGGCCUACAGGAAUCGCUACUGGAAAGAGGAACACUUCAAGGGCAUCGCCCUGGUGCAGAAGGCCCUGCAGGCUGCGUAUGGCUCCAGCGCCCCCAGCUUGACCUCGGCCGCCAUCCGCUGGAUGUACCACCACUCCCAGCUGAAGGGCACUCACGGGGACGCAGUCAUCUUGGGCAUGUCCAGCCUGCAGCAGCUGGAGACGAACCUGGCGGCCGUGGAGGAGGGACCCCUGAAGUCAGAAGUCGUGGAGGCUUUUGACCAAGCCUGGAACCUGGUUGCCCAUGAAUGUCCCAACUACUUCCGCUAAGCCCCAGUGGCACAUGUGUCCCAGCCUACGUGACACCCACUGAACCUCUCUGCCUUUCAUUGACUGGGUAUGGUCUCCGCAGGCUGUCUGGUCCCUGCCUGCUCCUCUAGACUGCCCUGCCUUGUGCCUUUACAGUGUGGGAGGCUGAGGCCGAGCCCCACACAGCAGGUCCUGUGGAAUAAAGCUGCCCUGCCCUGGCUGCAGCUGGGCUCAGGUGAA